AAUUCCAUUUACAAAUCUGAUACUUUAUUCAUAUUGAUGGCUAAGGAUGUCUAGGCCUAUUAUCUAAAUCCCGCACAGCAAUCCCAACCAUCUUUUAGCCAACCAACUGAAAAUGGCCAUGACAUUCAUGGCCAUGGCCUCCUCCGCUCUUCCCUCCAUCUCUCGCACUCCUCUCUUCUUCCCUCACUCUCCCAGAACCCCACUCUUCUCUGUCUCUCCUUCUCUUCAAAAACUACCUUACCCCACCAUCAGAAUCCAAUGCAGCAACACCAGCAAACAACAGGAAGAAUCUCAGUCUCAGUCUACUUCAAAUUUGAACCCCAGAAAAGGAGUUUCUGUUUAUAAGCCCAAGUCCUAUGAUGUGCUUGCUAAUGAUGCUGCCAAUUGUUUAGCUUAUGCUAUUCAGGAUGGCAAAACCCGCUUGGAAAUUGAUUUCCCGCCCUUGCCUAGCAACAUUUCAUCUUAUAAGGGAUCUUCAGAUGAAUUCAUUGAUGCCAACAUUCAACUUGCCUUGGCCAUUAUCAGGAAGCUCCAAGAGAAAAAGGAAACAAGAGCCUGCAUUGUGUUUCCUGAUAAGCCAGAAAAGCGUAGAGCUUCUGAGCUCUUCAAAGCAGCUCUUGACUCGAUUGAUGGCAUAACCAUAGGUUCACUUGACGAUGUCCCCAGUGGUCCUGUCUCCAAUUUUUUCAAGUCUGUAAGGAACACCUUAGACUUUGAUUUUGAAGAUGAUAAUGAAGGUCGUUGGCAAUCUGAUGAGCCACCAUCCCUUUAUGUAUUUAUCAAUUGCAGCACACGUGAACUUUCUGUUAUAGAGAAGUAUGUGGAAAAUUUUGCUGGGUCAACCCCAGCUCUUCUGUUCAAUCUUGAACUUGACACAUUGCGUGCUGACUUAGGUCUUCUUGGAUUUCCCACUAAAGAUUUGCACUAUCGAUUUCUAUCUCAAUUCAUCCCAGUUUUUUAUAUUCGAAUCAGAGAGUACUCAAAGACAGUGGCAGUAGCACCUUAUAUAGUAAAUUACAGUGGAGCAUUAUUUCGCCAAUAUCCUGGUCCUUGGCAGGUGAUGCUUAAACAAUCAGAUGGUUCAUAUGCUUGUGUAGCAGAAAGUGCAACACGUUUCACACUUGGCGAGACCAAAGAAGAACUAUUGAGGGUCCUCGGACUGCAGGAAGAAGAAGGAAGCUCACUGGAGUUUCUUCGAAGGGGUUACAAGUCUGCAACUUGGUGGGAAGAAGAAGUUGAAUUGGAAGCAUCUUCUGAAUGGCGUAAUUGAAUAUUAGUAGCUGCAACCAGAGAAGCAUUGCUAGAAAGUAUAAAGGAGAUCCUAAUACAAAUAUAGUGAUGCAGGAAGAAUUGGAGAUUUGUUUAUUCUUUCAUCUUAAGUUUUUCCAUCAUGGAAAUAACACCACCACUGUAUUUAAUCCUUUCUCUUUUUCUGUUCCUUUAUAACUAAUAUACAAGUAAGAUAGGACAUAACACAAUGUAAAGAAUGUAAAGGAAAUUUAGUAAACAGAAUCUCUGAUUCUCAA